GGUGAUGGUUUUGACUCUGUUCGUGCCGGAGAGAGUUGAGAGAGAGGCGCCAUGGCUGGGAUAACCAGCACUGUCGGGUUCAACGCCGUUCUCACCGGAGCCAUCGCGAAGAAGGUGUCUCUAUCUGCCUUCUGCACCCUGGAUUCCAAAUUCCUCGGCCUUGGCCUCUGUCAGACCGACCUCUCCAUCGCCUCCCCUUCGUCUUCUCCCCGCCGUAGGCUCGCCAUCUCUGCCCGUUACGGAGGCGGAGGAGGCGGUGGUUCGAGAUUCUACGGAGAUUCACGGAGGGGCAGGCAAAGUGAUGCCGAGGACGAUGAGGCGCUGGAUCUCUCGGCUAUCAGGUCAGCAACUGUCAGGCUUAUCGAUGAACAGCAGAACGUGAUAGUUUCUAAAGAUGAAGCAAUUAGAAGGGCUGAAGAUGCUGAGCUUGAUUUGGUGAUUCUAUCUCCAGAUGCAGAUCCUCCUGUUGUCAAAAUUAUGAAUUACAGCAAAUACAGAUACGAACUGCAGAAGAAGAAGAAGGAGCAGCAGAAGAAAACCAGUCGCACGGACUUAAAGGAGCUUAAAAUGGGUUAUAACAUUGACGAGCAUGAUUACUCCGUACGUCUAAAAGCUGCCCGCAAGUUCUUGCAAGAUGGUGACAAGGUCAAGGUGAUAGUGAACAUGAAGGGCAGAGAAAACGAUUUCAGAAAUAUGGCUAUCGAGCUCAUUAAACGUUUCCAGAAUGAUGUGGGCGAGCUUGCGGCUGAGGAGAGCAAAAGCUUCAGAGAAAGGAACUUGUUUAUUGUAUUGGUACCGAAUAAGGACAUUGUAAGGAAAGCAACAGAGCCGCCUUCGAGGAAGAAGAAAAGGGAAGAGGUGGAUGAAGUUUCAGCCGGCAUCUAAUUGGUGGAAUGUAAAAAAAAAUGUCUGCAGUUGUCUGAAACUUAUAUCAUCAUCUGGUCUUUUGCAACCUUCUCUCUUCCAUCUCUCUCUCUCUCUCUCGCAACAUAAGCUUGCGUUCUGUUCUGUGAUGCAACAUCGUUUCAACAAGAGCGACAACUACGACAAGACAACGUCAUUGGUGCCUUGCCCUUUCUGAAAGUCAAUCUUAAAGUAAAGUAGCAACCUUUUGAUCUUCCAUAUCUUCUUCUUCUUCUUUAUUUGAACCGUUUAAUUGUAUCGCACGUCUCAUGUAAGGAAUGUGGAAUUGGUGAGGAUGAGAAUUCUUGUCUAUUUAGACCUGACCAUUUCGGAUUUCGGUUUUUCUAGUUAAAUUUGGAUUCAUUA